GUAAUUGAAAGUACAAAUUACGGUGCUUGUGUCGCGAUCGGCAUUGUACCCUCGGAGGAAGUGUGACGGUCGCAGCUAGCUUGCCUGCAUGUUUGGUACUAAUUAAAUUAGAUUAGGCAAACUUGAUUACCCCACUCUGCUGAUGAAUUUUGAUGCCCAGCGCCGUUGAUUCUUCGUCAGCUAAGCCCUCGGCGACAAAUAGGCUCGGCGCGCAAAGCUCGCAGCUUGGAGAGUUAAAUUUUCAGUCUUUGCACGAUUCGCAUGUUAAACGGUGGGCUCUUACUAGGCCACACCCAUUCUUUUUUCUGGAUCUUGGCAAUUUUCGGUGCACCGGUUGAGCAAAUAUUCGCUCAAAUUUAGCGCUCAAGUUUGAAAAUCACCUAAAACAUGCACAAACCUCAAACGGGAUGCUGGAUGUUGAUACUUCUCGGAUCACUAAUAGCGACCAUAAUGCUGGCCUUCAGUUACUGGAUCUUUGUGCCACGUGAAGUACAAUUUUGGUCUAUAAUUUCGAGAAAUUACAGUGCUCCAGGAAUCAAAUUUUCAAUGCCACCUGAUCCAAUGCCGCAGGAACUGAAGCUGCAAAAUAGACCCCCCUUUGUCUACCAAAUACUACAUUAGAUCGAGAAUAUAUCUUAUUAUUCUACGUUAAGUUAUCUUAUUCUAGUUUAACAAUAAAAUAUACAUGUACAGAUAA